CACGCCGGCACGCCACCACGCUUGGGCCGCGGGACCCGUGUUUAGACCGCGUUCGGGCGAACAGUGACUGAAGCUGGCUACGCUGCCGGCAGGCACUCCAGCCUCCUAGUCCACCAAUCUUCCAUCCAGACAGACGACGCAGCGCCGUCAUUCCGCUGCAGCACCAUGGCGCCGCCGGCAGCGAGUCAGCGCACCGCCUCCAUCGGCUGGGUGCUGAUGGCCAGCGUCUACGUCUACUCCAAGGCCUUCGCCUACAGCUGCAUGAUGAUGGGCUUCAUGCUGCUCAAGCAGCUCACCACGCCCCGCUGGCUGUUCGGCUACAAGACGCGCACCACGCCGCCCCAGUGCCUGCAGGACCCGGACCUGGGGCAGCACGGCUACGUCACGGUCAAGGGCGAGAAGUUUCACUACGUCGGGAAGGGAGACCGGGCCAAGCCGCUGAUGCUGUUCGUGCAUGGUUUCCCCGAUUUCUGGUACUCCUGGAGGCACCAGAUGAAAGAGUUCAGCCGGGACUACUGGACGGUGGCGGUGGACAUGCGGGGGUACGGUGGCUCGCCCAAGCCGGCCGAUGUCUUCGACUACGCAGUGCCCCUGUUAGUGGAUGAUAUCAAAGGCAUCGUGACAGCACUUGGAAGGGAGAAAUUUAUCCUCGUCGGCCACGACUGGGGUGCUGUCAUAUCAUGGGCCUUCUUGGACAGGUACCCAGAAAUGAUUGAGAAGUACAUUAUCAUGAAUGGCCCCAAUUCUAAGGUGUUCAUGCAACUGCAAAGAUCAUCUACAUCCAAGCAAUCUUCCAUGUCAUGGUAUAUGUAUCUUUUCCAAGUACCAUACCUAGCCGAAUUGUUUGUGACUUUUGGUGAUUUUGGAUUGUUCCGAAAAAUGCUAUUGGGUCACAAAAGAAGCAGCCCAUUUGUGACAGACGGUGACAUUGAGGCAUAUAAAUACACCUUUUCUCAGCCAGGGUGCAUCACGCCACCAUUCAACUACUACCGAGCUUUUUUCCGUUCAGUAAUAUUGAAGGGCCUUGUUCGUGAGGCUAAGAAGGCCAAGACAGAGAACGUAGAAAGACCUAAAGGAUUGUACAUAUUUGGAGCUAAAGAUGUUGCCAUAGAUGUACAGUGUGUGGGCAUGCUCAAAGAACAAAUUGAAAACCUUGAAACUAAGAUAAUUGAAGACGGAAAUCAUUUUGUCCACCAGGACGAACCUGUGGCUGUGAACAAAUCCAUCCAAUCAUUUCUUAAAUAAGUUGUAAUUUAUACAUUUUAAUCUUACACUGUUAGGUAAUAUAUAAAUAAACAAAUUAUUCUUAACUAAGAGUGAA